AGCUCCUUCUCAGACCCCGUACGAGGAGGUGAAAUUAAGAGGAGCCAUUUCCAAACUUGCUGCCACAAUUACUAUGUCCCCUAUGUGUCGAAAGUUUAGAAAGGAUUUUUGUCGUAAAAACGACCUCCCUAUCCUCGCUUUGGCGGUCGUAAGCGGUGUACUUCUUACACUAGCCGAGGUCAAAGUCUUUCAAUGGAUGGCGGAGUUGAGCUUGACAAGUAGCGGCACACGUUCGCUCGAGGAAAACUUUUGGUAUUCCGAAGACGACGACGCCCGUGCACGAUGCGACCAGCACCGCACCACCCCCUUCGAUAUCGACUACACAGCGCCGCUAGCGAAGUUCUGCUACGUGAUCGCGGUGCUGGUCUGCGUGGUGCUGGUAGGCACCGGGCGGAAAAAAGAUGGGCGGGGAAAGAAGAAGGCGGAAGAUUCAUAUCAGCCUACCAAUGGAACAAAUGCAUCCGUGCACGACGAAGAGAACAAAGGCAGUCGUCCGGGAUCACCCGCCUCACGGGCUGCCACGUCACCACGACAACGCGGUGCUGCGAGCAAGACCAACUCACCAGCAAUAGCACCCGCUACGAGUCUCGUGAUUAUCGCGAACGACAGCACGGCAACUCAGGAUAGCACGCGCGCAUCAAGUAGGGGCAGCGCAGUUGAAAGUGCGGCGACCUCUAGUUAUACAGAAGGAGCACGACCAUCGGAAAAUGCAGGAAUUAACCCGAAGUCGAAGAAGCCCCGAUUGUACCACCUCGACUACGGACGGAUUCUCGCCGUGGCGUGUGUCGUCACGGAGCACUGCGGGAGCAAGGAGUAUUCGAGGAGGAACACCGGGUUUGUUCUGCACUGGGUGCUCCCGUUCCUGUACGGUAUCUCCGGCUACUGCUUCAUGCUCUCGCGCGCCGGCCUGGUUGGCUAUCUUGGGCGACUCAGUGUGUUGUUCUGUGCCGGUGUUGGGCUAAAUUGGCUAGCGGACGUCUGGAACGGAAAUUACAACGAAACGUGGAAGAACACCAUCUUCCAAAUGGCGUUUGUUCUGAUGCUAAUGGCCAUGGCGGUGCUGCUGUAUCCUUUGAAAAAGCAACUUACGUUUGCAACUACGGACGGUGAGAACGGUAAUAGCGUAGAUGAUCGUAAGAGAGAAAGUGGCGCCUUCGCAGACGGAGAUCCGAGAACGCCGCCGCUAAAAGCUGCGGGGACACUAAGCAAAGCGAAAGUUGACAUUGUGGCAGGUCGUGCAAAAGGGCCGAGCAACUGUGUCUACAACCCGCUUGACGGCAUUGCAGCGAUUCAAGUAAGUUGCGCGAGCCCUGGGUCUCCGCUUCCGCUUUUUCCGCUGUCUGCCACCAACAAGGCGAAGCCAUUAGGCGCACGCUUCGCACUGACGCCGCCGGCGCUCGGGAGGAAGAGCGGAGCGCGCUUGCUUGCAGAGGAAUCCUCGUCUUCCGAGCUUGCAGAUGAAACCAAGGUCGUGGUGCAGCCAGCGAGUCCGGGUCCGCUGACGAAGCAAGAGAGCCUGCCAGCCAAUUCCGCCUUUCUGUACCGGCCUCCACCUAGGAGGAAAGCCGCGAAUACAGCCUACGCGCAGCUACACGAUGAGAACGAUGUUGACGACGCGACAGCCAGCACGUCUACCGUCACAACCACAACCAGCUCAACUGCAGCUGAGAUACCAGCAGCAAUCGAGCCGUCAUCGUCCCAAAGUUCGUCAUCCUCCUCGGUAACCAAGAGCACUAGUGCCUCGACGUCCUCUCCUAUCAACCUUUUUCGAGAGCCGCCACCUGUUCCGAGAGACAAGGUUGCUGGGCAUCGGCCUUCAGCUCCCAGCAAGCUAUGGACCACAUUCCAGGAUGAAUCUGCAAUACAGAAAGCAGCUCUGCUGUUCUACUCCGCCUGUGCGUUUGCGUUCCUGCUUGCGUACCUCGCUGAUGACUCUGCCGACCCCAACACCACGCACUACCAUUUGGUCGAUGAUAUGGUAUCUUCCUCGAAGUUCAUGGGGACGGAAUUCUUCCUGCUCUGCGCAUUGUGUAGUUUCGCUUGCUACUGCGAGACAACGCACUACGCGGCAAGUGGAACGGCGAUAAUCGCGUAUUUCUAUUUGGUUGAUUCAGUGUAUCUCUAAUCUUUUUUCUAGUUAUAAGUGUCUGUACAUAUGAGUUCAUUCAUUGCUUCAGUUGUCGCUGCCACAGCAACGUUUUGUUUUCCUUUUACAAAGAAGAACUCCGUCAUCUCUGACUCUGUUCAGGUCGGUCUGGCUUCCCCGGGUCUUUCUCCCCUACACAAAUGUCGGAUUUGCGCACCUGCUGCAGAUAUUCGUGAUCGGAAUGUGGACGGCAAAAGUACCGCUGCCGAACCUGCAGUACUUGCGGGACACGGUUUUUCGAGCUUAUUGGCCGCUGGUCCUCGUAUUUCUGGUCUGGCUCGCGAUGCCUACUUCCUACGGCCGCUGCGACUUGUUUCCGAGGACAUAUCUACUCGAUCGGGCCAGGUUCUACCUUUCCGAGCUGAUCAUUCUGCUUUGGUUCCUCAGUGGGGGCAUGGUCUGCUCUGACCCAUUGAAUCUAGUCCCACUCCUCAAUUAUUGGUCGCUGAUCGCGUACACAACCCAUGAGGCACUGCAACGUGUCACGGUCGCGCCGUUCGCCUCGCUGUUUCUGCACUUUCUGAUGCCGGGGAUGUUCCUGAUGCGAAGACUCUUCCUGCUGUGGAGGACGAAAUAGUAGUUGUGCUUUAUGAAAAGAAUUUUUCGAAAAUCAAUGAAAAUCUUAAAACAACGUUGGCUCGAUUGCUUGCCAGCGUCGGGGGACGAGCGAUUAUCUUCUUUUCUACGUAACGCAAAAUUACGUAAAUGAAAACGGCACUGAUUUCCAACUUCUCUGCCCGCUCUGGACGCAAACAGAGCACAAAUAUGAUGAUAAUCCUUCAACAAGCUCAAGCAGUGUGAUCGUGUCUUUGAU